AAUUGAACAACUAUAUAUGUAUAUAUAUAUAUAUAUGAGAGCAUUAAAAUAUAGUAAAGAGUUCAAAUUCCAAUUAAGCCAAUAAAAGCAUGCAGACGCUAGUUUUGGAAUUGAAAGUCAACAGGUAUAUACAAGGUAGCUGCAUUUUUGCUAUAUAACUCUUUGCUAACCCCCCCCUCUCUCUCUCUCUCUCUCUCUCUCUCUCUCUCUCUCUCUCGCUCUCAUCCAUACACAGGGUUUGAGCAUGCCUGGAUGUCCAGAGAAAGGGAUCAGAGAUUGGAUGAGAUAGGGAAGAAGAUCAAGAGAGAAAGCAAUGAAUAUGCAUCCAAUAACUCUCAUCAGCAAAUGGGAGUCAGGAGCGGACACAUGCUGGCGGCUAGAACUGCUCCUGCAGUAUCCUUGGGAACCCUCAACACCAUCACGCCCUGCGCAGCAUGCAAGCUCCUGAGGCGAAGGUGCGCCCAAGAAUGCCCCUUCUCCCCCUACUUCUCUCCUCACGAACCCCACAAGUUCGCUUCUGUCCACAAAGUCUUCGGUGCCAGCAACGUCUCCAAAAUGCUCAUGGAGGUGCCGGAGAGGCAGAGAGCGGAUGCAGCGAAUAGUUUGGUAUACGAGGCGAACGUGAGGCUGAGAGAUCCAGUGUAUGGGUGCAUGGGUGCUAUUUUAGCUUUACAGCAGCAAGUCCAAUCUUUCCAGGCGGAGCUUAAUGCCGUGAGAGCUGAGAUUCUCAAAUACAAGUACAGGGAAGCUGCUGCUGCUAAUAAUAAACUCAUUAAUACUUCACCUUCUUCUUCUAAUCAUCAUCUUCCUCACGUUGCUUUGCUCUCUUCUGGGACAGUUUCGGUUGCUGUACCACCUCCGCCGCCCCCACCUCCGCCACCGCCGCUUCCUCUUCCUACUUCUUCCUCUUCUUCCAUUGCAGCGACGGACUAUAACACCAUUAAUAUUCCAAACGAAAAUGUGGGUUACUUUGGAUCGAUGGAGUAAUUUUAUUUCUGGGUCCCCGGUAAUUAAUUAAUUGAACUCCCACAUAUUUUUCUCCGUUUUGAAUCUGAAUAAUUCAAGUAGUACUGCUGGUGCUGGAAAUAAGUUAAAUAUAUAUAAAUGUUGACGAUGGAGAUUGGGAUGCAUCAAGAAUGUCAACUAGUUUUUCUAUUAUUAUUGUUUAAUUAAUCAAUGCAUCAUUGAGGAUUGAAUUAAUCCAAAUCCAUAUCAUCUAUAUUGGUUACAAUGUUACUUUCUUCUACUUUUUGUUUCUGGCAUUCCUUCUUUCCCACUUUUUCCCCCAGUCUUUUCCGUUCUUGAAAGGCCAUUGAAUGAUUCACCUACCCUAAGUAAAUGCACUGCUUCUGAAUUUGUUACUCAAAACUUCGCAAAUAUUUUUGUGCUCACUGGCUUCUUGGGAUGUAUAUAUAUUAUUUUUCUUGACGGAAUAGAUGUUGGGGUUUGCCAAAUGAACAAUGUAUACCUCGACCGCCUGCUGGGGUUUGGCACCGGUGUUGGCCAUUAGUCCAUUACAUUCAUACGUAUAUAUAUUUAUAUGGUGCACAUAGGAUUUAGAUUGAAUUGGUUGAUUAGUGACGUACAUCUCUUUAUCUUAAUUAGCGGCGUGUACUUACAUAUAUAAAAGAUACGUACUCAAGGUCUAGCCUGGUGUUGAUUGUGACUCUUAUACUUUAGUUUUUUUAAGCAAAGAAAGAGGAAAAAAAAUAUGAAGGGGCAGCACAUCAGAAGCUCGUCGAUAAAUGCCCUAUGUUCGUUGACGAGAAGACAGUAAGGGUUCAUCGACGAAUGUCCAGAGAUCGUCGACAAUAGAAUACCAAGAGUAGAAAAAUUUCAUAGUUCUGGACUCGUCGACGAAAGUCUGUUCUCAUCGGCGAGUGGUCUUUUAUGGAUCAUUGACAAAACCCUAUACUCGUCGAUGAAGGACACCUGGGUUACGAGCAGUUUUUUUGAAUUUUUGAAUUUGAAUGUUGGGUGGUUGGAUAAACGGAGGGAAACCUUCGAGAGACUCUUUUAUAUGUCAUUUUGGGCAUGUAUUGAGUGAGAGAGUGAUCAUUUGAGAAGUGUAUUGUGUACAUUGUAAUUUCCAUAAUGAAAUUUGUAUGCCAUUACUUCCGUGGA